AGUUCAUCAACUUCCAUAACAGGGGAACUAUUGCGAGCGCUUUUUUUUUUCUCGCCUGUAGGAACUAACACAAACAGGAACUACAAGUGGGAGAUAUAAUUACAAAUAGCGUUGAAGUUUUGUUGAAAACUACAAGCUAGUACACCAUGAUGAAAAAAAGAAAGGAUGAGGACAAGAAGCCCGUCGAGCAGGAGGUGGCGGAGCUUCAACGUAUUUUUACUUAAAGUAUUUCUUGAAGUUUUAUUUUGAUUUUUUGUACCUAUAGCCAAUAUUGGUCGUGUAAAAUGAAACUCUGGUGACAUGCAGGAGCCCAGCACUCUUGUCAUGCCACAGGAUCAUAUCUUCUACCAUGUAAUGCUCCUGAGCAUGAGUGUGAAGACAGUGGUUUCACGUACUAGUCGUGGCGCAUGAAGAAGACGAAGUUCUUUAUCUUUUCAUUUUUGAAAAUGUCAAGGUAAAUUCCGGGUGCUGGAGAAUGACAAACGGGCGUACAGCGAGGAUUCCCAGGGGAUUAUUCGGAAGCAGAGGGCUACCAUCGAGAAGCUCACCCGGGAGAACAGACAAAUGAAGCAGGAACUCUCCGAGGUGCGAAGAGCGGACCGAGGCGGCCCGGAGGCCAGGCGGCAGGGCGAGACACUCGCGAAAUUAGCCGAGAGCAGGGAACAAUUAGGUUUGACAUAAAAUCUUUUUUCCUUGUUGUCAGGAGAGAGACCAGCAAAAGCAAUGAACCAAAAGUUACUGUAAACAAAGUGCUGGUGCGGAGGUUCUACUUCUAACGCCCUGCUUCUGAAAACUAAUAUCAAAACGAAAAUUAUCCUACAGAAAAAGCCAUCGCCAAGGAGUUUGAAGUGAAGCAGAAAUUGGAGGAGAAAAUCGAUGUAGUAGAAGCCAAGACCAUCCAGGUCCGGGAGGAACUCGGUCUCAAGGGCGGCGUCAACGCAGCAAAAGAGUCACAGGCGGCGGUCGCGAAGCAAAUCCGCGUCUUGGAAAACAGAUUGGACAAAGCACUGCAGGUACCUAUAAUUGGCGGGGCGUCAGGAUAGGAUGAACACGUUUCAGUUUGUUAAAGACAGUGCAGGUUUUGGAAUAGGAAAGAAUAAGAGCCCGUAAAUGACGAUGAUUUGUUGACAUAAUUUUUCUUCUUCUGGCCGCGGCUGGAAUUUGAAAAAUGAUAUGUGAUUUUUAAGCACAUGCCCCCAAUAAAAUAAAAACUACACAGAAAUUCAACGAAGCAGUAGCAGAAAACAAGACGCAAAGGGACACCAUAGAUUCGCUCCGGUCCGAGCGCGUGGUCUUUGACAACAUCUACUCAAAGCUCGAAAAGGAAUUUGAGCAGAAGAAGAAGGAAAUGGCAAAUAUCAUCGAGCAGGUACCUAAGAUAGUCCGAGAUGAACUUUUAUUUUUCGUGCCAUAGUCAGUCAGGUCACAACUGGCAGAACUAGCUUGUCAACAUGAUCGGCGGUGGCCGUGGCAGAACCAGCUUGCAUGAAUAAGAUUAUUUUCCGCGCAGUAAAUUCCUAUUUUUUCGGUUCCCUCUGCACCACGGAAAAAGCAUAAGCAAAAGGAUUUGGAUUAUGCCACAGCCUAUUUUCUUAUCUGCUGAACCGAAACUGAUUCUGAUAUUAAUUCAUUGUAUCAGGCCAACGCGGCGUAUGAAGCACGAGAUGCAGCCCAGGCACAGAUGACCAGUUUGAAGCAGCAGGCAGACAAGGAGCACCAAGAGUUCGAGAAGGAAUGUAACAUUGAUUUUUUAUUUCAUGCACAUUCAUAGUCAUACUGUUGCUGACUAGAAUCAGGAUGCAUGAGCUAUAAAUUCACGAAAAUCCAUGAGUAGUUGACUACUGUCCGCGAAGAAGAAGCGCGAUAGAAAGUUUAGUGUCACGUAGUCCCUUGUACCAAGUACUCCCACAACUUCGCAACUGCGACCAUGAACACUAUUAGGGAAGGAGCUCGGGCGGUUAAUCGAGAACGACAAGAAGAUAUCAAAUGUAAAAAUGUCUGGGUCUGGAAGAAUGCAAGUUUGUCAUGCUUGUCUGGCAUGACUCUUAAAUCUGUCAUGCACAUUACCAAAGAGCCCCACUUUUCUGUCAUGCAGAAACGUAGUUUGUCAUGCAGAAUAGGCAACACCUAGCAGCUCAGAAACUUGUCAUGCUGAGCCAGCAAUUGUGGCCUCCUCAUGAUACGCCACACAGCAUCACAAGUUUCCAGCCCCAGACAUUUUCGCAUUUGAUAGAAGAUGAAGGAGUUUAUGCGACAGAAGGAGAGGAACCGGGGCGUGGAGGAGCACAAGGGGGACCUGAGCGCCGUAUCAAAUGCAAAUACGUCUGGGUGUGGAAGGUUCUGAGAGUUGUCAUGCACGUUUUGCAUGAGCCGUGAUGUCUGUGAUGCAUGCCGUAGCAUCACAGAUGAGAUUUUUUUAGGGAUUCUUGAUGCCUAUUCCGCAUGGGUAACGCCCUUUCCGCGUAGGAAGAACUACAUUCCCUUUCCAUUUGCUGCUCAUGCAAUACAAAUUUUUUUGGAAUCCAAAUGCAGCAUCACAAGUUGCAUUGUUCCAGACCCAGACAUAUUUGUACUUGAUACGCCGACGAGGAAGACAAGCUCAAGAAGAAAGUCACCAAGAAUGCCUGGAUGAUAUCCUGCGCAAAAGUACCGUACUCGUAUUGCAAUCAUGCAUUCUCAUGCAUCACAAAUUUAAUUUCUCAUGCUGAUAAAAUUUGUAAUGCAUUUAUGCGAGUACACGAUACUUUUGUAGUGCAUAGAUGAUUGCCAAGGGCAAGGUCGCCCAGUCCGCGAACACCGAGAGAAUAACGGUCUACGAAGAGGCCUUCGCCAAGAUCCAGGUAAGAAAAAAAGUCGUGCCUUGCCGUACUAGUAAUAGCCUCGGAACUUUUUGGUUGUACCUAUGCACGAGCAGGACGACCAGAUGCUAUUAGUUACUGUUGCGAAGUGUCGGUGCUUUCGUGAAGAAGAAAGUAAAGACCGAGACACAUUUUUCAGGAACUACAAAUAUACAAAACUCCAACGUGUCACGACGACAGGCCGCAACCGGGAUUAGUGACAUUGACGACUUAGUGCAGAACUUCGUGAACGCAGAGGACGGGAACUUCAGUCUGUUCAACUACGCAAAUCUGCUGAACACGCAGAUUGAGAAGCUCGAUCUUGACAUCGGAGACUUGAAGGGCGAGUAUGAGUCACUCCGCGGAGGCUCAGUCAGCGCACAGGGUACUAGGAUCAUAGUAGAUUUCGUGUUGAAAAAUAAAGCGUAUACUUUGUCAUAGGUAGAAAGGAUGGUUAUUCUUGUCAUGCGAUAUUUUUAACUGGGUCUGGGAUAACAUGACGAUCUGGCUUCGUAAGGAAGAAAAGCAAAAAUCACACGUCAUCAUUGUCUGCAGGUACCAUCAGCAGUGACCAGAGCAAGCAGAAAUUGCUCGGCGAGCUCGAGGACAGGUGGAAUCGCGCGGACAAGAAGGCGGAGCACUACGAACUCAGAUAUCAGCAGGCUUUGAAGACUUUGACUGCCGUGCGGGCGGGGCUCCAGUCCAUCUACAACAGGUAUUUUUAUAGCGUAAUGGUAAUAAAAGAUUUGAAAAAUGUACACAAAAACUAUGCUGAAGAUAGAGAUACGGAACUCAAAGGUCGGUCGUUGUUCGGUAAUAGUAUGCAGAGCAGCAAAAUUAUACGAAAAAUAAUCAGGUUGGGUUGCUCCCAGAUGGCAGAGCACGGUGCCCUCGGGCUGCAGGGUGUCACCGAGGCAAACAUGCUCCAGUAUCUCGGCGUUAUCGAGACGCGGGCAAACGAGAUUUUGUUGCUGCACACCGCCUUGCAAGAGGGUGACGAAGAGGAGGCAGAGUUGCCGGCUACCAGGGAACCAAUGUAUAAGAUUCACCUUGUCGUCUGUUUGCAUCACCAAGUAAUCCAUCGCCAAUCGGAUGAGGCAGCAGCAUGAUUGAAAACAAACCUCCUGAAGUUGUUUUGUCAUGCGGACCACGAUGUUAACGCAUUGUUCUCCAUCUGUCUCUUUCUUCGACUAUAGGCACCAGAACAAAAAAACCUUAUCAGGUCGCAACUGCAAAUCAAACUACCGUCCACUGUCGAGGAUUACACGGAUGACGAGGAUGAGGAUGAAGACGACGACACGCGUCCCUUUACGCGUGAGGAGCUGAAGCUCAAGACGCAGCGCGGUCUGCAGCGCAAGCAGGAGAAGGGCCUGCGGAAAGCCCACCGCUAGAAGAACUGCUCGUGCGAGUAGUGCUGUUCUUUAGCAGGGUGAGAAAAAAUGUAGACAUUCUCAAGAAAAAAUAUCCGACAAAAAUCCUCGAAUCAAAAAUAUCAAGUGAGCAAAGUUACCGUUUUAGUCGAAAGAAAACCGAAACAAAAAUAACCGAUUUACGAACAACAAACCGAAUCAGAAAAAGUUUUAUCCGAACAGUACAGUGUUAACAGCUAUAUUCACCAGAACAGAGCGUCCGAGAAUCACCAGGUUUACAUUCUACAGAACCAAUUUAGCAAGUCCUAUUUCCUCAGAAUUUUCAGCUUCAGGUACAAGUUUAACAGAAUUAUAGCAGUGCAGUUCGCGCACAGAGCGAACCUUCACGACAGUCAGGAAAUAAUUUAGCAGACAAUUGCAAACCGAUUACAAUAUUACUACACCCGUUUUUAGCAAGAUAAACCUCCGGAAUAAUACAACAGUUUAUAGUGUAUUUACAAGUUUAGAGUUAUUAUUUCAACAACGUGAAUCAAUCUAGAACAGAUGCAGAUCGUGAUUGAUGUUAACAGCCGUGAGAGUUUCAUCAGAAUCAGUGUUGCAGAGUUAUUUUGAACAGCAAACGAUAAUGACAGUCAGAAGGUCAGAUUUUCAUUUAUACCAGAUUACACGAGAAUACAGUUACAGACUUCAACAGUUUUCUAUUUGAACUUUGUGCAUCAAGUGAGUUUUCCACCUCUAUCUUGCACAGGUAAAUUGGAAAAUUUCUCACGGAGGAAAAGGACUAGAACAGCAGGUGGCUUUUACAAUCAGGCUUCUAGGCGCGCCCUCAGAUCGAUCCUGUUUCAAAGCUGUUGUAGAACAUCAAGUGGCUCCUACAGCGACAGCUCUUGAUCUCAUCCUGCCGAGCCCCACGACCCUGAGGCCUUUGAAACUGGAAAUUACGAACAACACCUCCACAUGAAGAUCCUAGCAGUCUGUCAUCAGGUGUAGCCAGCUGUAACUAGUCCAGUAGAUACUUUCCGUUUCCGUUGAUGUUUGACUUCUUCCCUUAUGAGCUUCUCUUCUUGAAAAAGUAAAAAAUGAUUUUCUUGUUUUCCUCGGUGGAACCUUCCAAAAAAUCAAGCUUGUACAACGACUACGACCACGACACAAAAUGAAUUCCUGCUUUAUGACAAAAAUCAGCAGCUUGAUCUGUACAAAAGAUAAACGCGCCAGGAAUUUUCAUGCUAAAAGACCGAGGAAACUAGCAAAAGAGGAAAGGCAAAGAAAAUUUUUAAGAAGCGCCCGUACUAAAUGCCGUGUGCAGGAGGUGCAUUUUUGAAGCACAUGACGCGCACCGCCAUAGUUGUAAGUAGGAGGUAUUUGUUUGUUCUCGUGCUCGUCCGGAACUACUUUUUGAACCGCACAGAAAGCGCUGACGCAGAGGAGACCGAUCCAAACAAGCUAUGUAUUGCAAGAGCAGAUCGUCGUGGCCUGACUAGAACCAGAAGGGGCAUCAACAAAUAAACCGAUCACACAAGGCAAACAACGCAGUAUCUUGUUCAAGC